GGGGAGACAGGCGUAGUACUUGGAGUUUGAGCAGACAAAAGGAAGUAUUAGGGAUAAAGAAGAGAGGGAGAUUCAAUAGGCAAGGUGUCAGAUUCUUUUAUUUUUGGAGUGGUUGGAAUCCAUUCUUCUUCUUGGCUUUCAUUGCCUCUGCCUCCUCUCUCUCUUUUCUAUCUUGUGCCUGUGAUUGCGAGCAUUGCUUCUUUCUUCUCUUGUCAUAACCACCUUCUAAUUCUUGAGUGGAUGGAAGCAAGACAACAGGUGGCAGUCGAAAGUGAGAAUAGAAGUAAGUUUAGAAGGAUAUGUGUCUUCUGCGGUAGUAGGUCAGGGAACAGGACUACAUUCAGUGAUGCAACUCUUGACCUUGGGAAGCAACUGGUUGAGAGAAAAAUAGACCUCAUUUAUGGUGGUGGAAGCGUAGGUCUGAUGGGCCUGAUAUCUCAGACUGUUUACAAUGGUGGAUGUCAUGUUCUUGGAAUCAUUCCUAAAGCUCUCCAGCCACAUGAGAUAUCAGGAGAGACCAUUGGGGAGGUGAAGACAGUAGCAGACAUGCAUGAGAGGAAGUCAGAAAUGGCUAAACAUGCUGAUGCCUUUAUUGCCCUUCCAGGUGGUUAUGGAACCAUGGAGGAACUUUUAGAAAUAGUAGCAUGGUCUCAGCUUGGAAUCCAUGAUAAACCAGUGGGGUUGCUGAAUGUGGAUGGGUACUACAACAGUUUGCUUGCACUGUUUGACAAAGGGGUGGAGGAAGGCUUCAUAGAGGAGUCAGCAAGAAAUAUUGUGGUUUCAGCAGAGAGCGCAGAGGAGCUGAUCAGGAAAAUGGAGGUAAAUGAGGGAGGGCAAAGGAAGGGAAACACAAGCCUAAAGAGGAAGCGGAGCUGCUAGAGGCUAUGCGCCACUUGAUGACAGGGCUGCACCCGGACAAAGCUGGAUGGGGACCAAUUAUUAGAGUCCGCUACAAGUGAGCUUACUCAAAUGUCCUAAUAAUAAGCCUAACUCCCUUAUGUGUGCAUGUACGUCAACAUAUUCCCUUCACUUUUCUACGUAAUUGUCCUAAAUCUCUCCCUCUCUCUCUCUCUCUCUC